GUGUUGCCACGGGGACCAGAGCUUUGCCUCAGGUUUGCGCGGCUGGAGGCUUCGUCUUCGCGGGCAGGUCUUCCUCCCCAUCCUCGCCAUGGCACAGGAGAAUGAAAACUACGAUCCCAUCGGAACCAUCUUAAUCCAGGUCCAUGAUGAUCUUCAUCAAUUAAAAGAGAAAUUAGCGAAAUUCUCACUUGAACAGAAAGGAGAGACUCUAAAUAUUCAGCAUCUUGAUACAGCAAUUCAGAGGACUGAAGUAGGCUUAAAAAUUCACAUUGAUAAGUAUUUAAACAUUGUAAACCAUCAUGUGUUAACAACUACUAUCAAUAAGAACUUAUAUUCUCUUCGGACUUCCAAAUGGCUGCUUCCAAAUGUCAUUGACCAGAAGUUGUUUGUCUUCCCUCUGGACUCUGAGGUUAAACUCUGGCGGACCCAGAAACAGCAGAGUUCAUUUCCACAUGUGCGUCCAAAAACAAAGCCAAAGAUAGCGUUGAAUGUAAAAAUCUUGCAGGAUCCCGAGCACAUCCACCACCGAGCCGCAGUCAGUGCCAACUAUGGAAUCACUUUGCCUUAUAUUAAUCAGAGAAAAACACACGUGCAGGUUCAGAAGUUAAUGAAGGGGUCCACCAUCUCCAGCCUCACAGUCCUGCCCUCCUCUCACCGCGUGGAUCCCUACUUUAUUCCUGUACCAGUCUUACAGAAGGAUGCCAGUAAAGGGAUUUUAAGCAUGCUGCAACGAGGACUGAUUCCACCCACAGCCAAGAUCACCUUUCAGAACCCGCCUGUGAUGCCCAGAGCAGCCCACCUGCAUAAUUUUGAUGAACCACGUAAGAUUCCAGCUGCAGCCACCUUCACCGCACCUCAGAAGCCACCAAAGGAGCUGGAAGAAGAAACAGACUUCCACAAGAAGCAAAAAGCAAAGGGGAAAGGCAGAAGGUCAAGAGGAUACCAUACUAGAAAGAGCAUGAAGAUCAUGACACCUUGCAGAUCUCUGAAACCCCCAUGGGAAUACGACUUUCCCAUCUACAAUGGCACCAUAGACAAGUCAGACCCAGACUUCCUAGCGUUCAAGGAGCGCUUCAGCUCAGCCUGGGGAAGCAUAUUCUCCGUGCUGGAGCACCUGCAGAAGUUUCUCCAGGAUUACAGCAUCCCGGAAGUGAAAGUGAAAGGGACAGCUCUGGUGGCCCUCCUCCCUCAGAUUGAGCUGAAAAACAAACCGUCACGCCUGGACCUCCUGUCGGUGCUGGAGAACCCAGACCGUGUGCAAGUGCUGCUGAAUGUCCCCGGGCAGAAGUUCAAAGGCCGGGAGGGCAAGAUGAAUGCCGCCGUCAAGAUCCAGGCCACGUGGAAAUGCUUCAAGGAGCGGCGGCUCUUCCUCCUGCACCGUGCGCAGAAGUGGGCUUCGGGCGUGAUCGCCAUCGCCUGGCUGCUGCACUGCCACAAGACGCGGCUGAAGGCCAUCCUGAGGGAGUCCCGACAGAGGCACCUGGAGAAUUUCCGCAUCCGAGCCAAGCAUCUGGCAACCAACUGGAAUCGCAUCAGGACCUCCAAGAGGACCAUUAUCCAUAUCCCAUCAUUAGGGUAUACCCAGGCUGUGCGGGAGCGGAUCACUGACUUCAGCACGCAGCAGAACAUGCAACUGGGAAGGCUGUGCGACAUCGUAGAUGCCAACGUGGAUGUCAUCUAUAUCUGCCCCCAUGAUAUGAACGAGGAGUUACUGCUGUAUUACCAUAAAAUCCUGAGUCUGCACGCAGCUGUGAAGUCAGGCAACAUCGAGGACAGGAGUGACGUGCAAGACAGGUUUAAAGUCAUCACCCCAGAAGCUGUGAACAUCUUCACUGAAAGGAACCAGAGAUUUGCUCAAAUUUUCAAAUAUUUUCCAUUCAUGAAUUGCUUCCAGAACUGUUGGCUAAAUGGCCCCCUUCCCACUUCAACAAUCACUAAGCAUCACAUGUGCCUGGCCACUCAGUUGCUGUACAGUCCCAAGGCCAUCAAAAGAAUCAAAAACCUCAUUCAAGGCAAAGAGGCCUACAUCAUUGGCGGCGUCCUCCACAGAGAUGACCUGGCUGUGGCUGAUAUGCUGGACGUACCCAUCCUGGGCACAGAACCUGGGCUGGUUCACCUUUACAGCAGCAAGUCUGGAAGCAAACGUGUCUUCGACAGCACAAAUGUGUCAGUCCCUCCUGGAAUCUAUGACAUUUAUACCUACCCACAGAUGGUAGAACAGCUGAGUCAGCUGGUGACUGACCACCUGAGAAUCCAGCGCUGGCUCUUGAAGAUGGACUCUGAGUUCGGAGGCGAUGGGACAGCGUUUUGUGACAUCCCUUCCCACCUCCAUUGCUACAACUGGGCACUGAAGGAGCGUGAUAAAUAUGGCCACGAAGACUGGAAGAAGAAAUGGGCACAAGAGCUGGCGCUGACGAAGAUCUCCAAGGAGCUAGUGGGCAUUUUAGCACAGCACGUACAACCAGUCAACAAGAGACGCUUUCCGACUUGGAAGAAAUUCCUGCAAGCAUUUCUCAGUCAAGGGGGCGUGAUCGAGGCCUUCCCGCCCGCGGACAACGUCACCAACCUGACCGUGGACCUGCUGAUAGAGCCGGGCGGGGAAGUGCGGGUGUUGUCCACGGGGGACCAGCUGCACGCCGAAAGCCCCUUCGUCUCCUCGGGCACCACCAUGCCGCAGGCCUCCGUGGAUCCCCAAGUUCUCUGUUCUUUGUGCCUCCAAAUUGGAAAUGCGUGUAAAACCAGAGACGUGGUUGGCUACUUCUCCAUAGACCUGGUGACUUUCAUCGACCCAAGCACCUUGGAGCAGCAGGUGUGGGCAACAGGUCUCAACAUCUCCUACAGCGACCAGCUGGCCCUGACACAGCUCACCUUGUACCUGACCAAUGGCCGCCUGAAUUGUGAGCUGAGCACCCUUGAGGUGCCCCGCUUAGCACCCAAGAAGGAGAAGAGGAGGUUCCUUCGCAACCUGCCAGCGCUGUCACCAGCCACCAGCCGCUACGCAGUGAUGACCACUCAACUGAGGCACAACAAUCUCUCGCUGAUCUUCCCCUACGUUUUUCUCCAGAUGUGCAAGGCCCACGGCAUUGGCUAUGACCUUGAGGACAGACAAGGAAGUGUCUUCAUAUUAUACGAGCAACUGAGGAGAGACAAGCUGGGCAUGUUAACAAUCGGCGUGGAUCUCCAGGGGGCCCUCAUGACCUUUGCUCGCCAUCUCUUCAUCAUUCAUCAAGAAAUAUCAGCACCUAAUAUGCAAGGCGAGACCAAUUUUAAGGCCAUCAUUGAAGACACUGAAACCAUUCUAGGAGUGACAGAGGAAAACAAAAUGAGAUUCAAGGAAGAGCUACCCUCCAAAGAUGAGAAAAAUCUCUCCAAGUUUUGCAGAUGAUCUGUCCAUUAUGGUUUCAGGGUUCCAGUCCUGAGCAAAACAGGGCACUACCCUUUUUGCUUGGUAGAAAUAAGAGUGGGGGGCAAUUAGUUGGCUUUGUUUGCUAAGAACUGAAUCAAAACAGGUUAUAAUUCUCUUCUUUCUAAAAAACAACUUUUUAUAAACACUGUGUAUGAAGUGAUCUUAUUGCAUGUAUUAAACCAAAGCCUGCGGGCUUCUUCAUUUGA